AUGCCUGGUGACGACUCUUUACCACAACAACCACAACAACAGCAACAGCAACAACCACAACCACAACAACCGCCUUCCACAGUUGAACCUCGAAAGAAGCGCGCAAAGAUUGUGAGUGCAUGCAGUGAAUGUCGACGCAAAAAGACCAAAUGCAAUGGUGAGCGGCCUUGUCGUAGUUGUCAAAAGUCGUCAACAGCUUGUAUUUAUCCAUCAUCAUCACACGCCGAGGAUCGACGGAACGCUCCUAACAAAGCAGCCCUGGAGGCUAUUGAGGAACGACUCAAGACGAUUGAAGACAUGCUAAGAGCUAUCCUCCGGUCACAACUCGCUCUAUCCGAUCUAGAUCCGAUUGCUGUCAAUAACUUUUUGAAUAAGGAUAAUAACAACAAGGCAUCAUCUACAUCGCCACCAUCAGCUCUUGCUUCUACACCACCACCACCUCCUGCACCACCUGCAACCACAUCACGACCUUCUUCUUCUCCACCACUCCAUCAUCCAACCUCGCCUCCUGUGCAACGUCCAUUGCCAAUCACCCCGUCGUCUCCACAUGAUUACAGACUACCUUCUAUUCGCAAUAUUUCGGCAUAUUCUCGGAUAUCAGAUUCCGGCCAUGAACGGCACCAUGAUUUGCCUCCUAUUGGUUUUCAAAGCUAUCAUCACCAACAUUAUCCUGUUCAAUCACACACACCCGAUGAUAUCGAUGAUGACGCUGCUUCAAGAAAACGAAAGCGAUGA